AUGCAGCCGAGGACGAUUCCGCGCGGCCGCGCCGCCCUCCUACGCGCGAUCGCCGGACGCCCCGGCUGUCGCGAAGAGCAGGCACUCCACUGCCUCGCCUGCAAGCUGGGCCUCGCCUCCGACGUCGUGCUGGCCACCGCCUUGCUCGCCAGAUACGGCAAGCGCGGCCUCCUGGUCCCAGCCCAGAGACUGUUCGACGAGAUGCCGCGCAGGGACGGGAUCGCCUACAACGCCAUGCUGGGCGCGCUCUGCCAUUCUGGUAGGACAGCGGACGCCCGGAGGUUGUUCGACCGAAUGCCGGAGCAUGACAGGACCGCCGCCUCAUGGAACACGGUGCUGACUUGCUACUGCAGGGCUGGUGACCUGGCCUCCGCCAGGGAGGUCUUCGAGGCGAGCCUCCGCGCGAAGAUGAGCAGCGUCGUUUCGUGGAACGCGAUGAUCGACGGGUACUGCAAGGCCGGGCGGAUGGAUGCUGCCCGGGAGCUGUUCGACCAUAUGUGCUCUUCCUUGCGGGACGUUGUGACGUGGAACACUAUGAUGGCGGGGUAUCUGCACCUGGGAGAUGCCUCCGCUGCCAUCGCGAUGUUCCGCCGGCUGAUGCAGCGGCAGGAUGAUCAGCGGACGCCGAGGCCCACCGCGGUCACCAUGGCCACCGCGGUGAUGGCCUGCACGCAGGUGGGGGACUUCGCCUUGGGUCGGGCGGUCCAUCUCUCCAUCCGGAAGCUGAGGUUGACCCCCGACGCCGUGCUGAGCAACGCCCUGAUGGACAUGUACUUCAAGUGCGGGAGCGUGGACCGCGCGCUGGAAGUCUUCGACACCAUGCCCAGCACCCCAAACCUCUUCUGCUGGAACACGUUGAUCGCGGGGCUCGGGAGGAACGGGCGCGGCGAGGAUGCCGUCAGGGUGUUCCGCGACAUGGUCGAGACGAGCAGAAAUACGAAGAGAAGUGAGGCCAGGCCUGACGCGGUGACGUUCGUGGCGCUCCUGUCAGCGUGCAGCCACUCCGGCCUGGUGGCCGAGGGCCGGGGGCUCUUCGCCGAGAUGCUGCCGGUCCACGGCGUGGCUCCCGCGGCGGAGCACCACGGCUGCAUAGUGGACCUCUUGUGCCGCGCGGGGCUGCUCGGCGACGCCGUGCAGCUCGUGCGGACGAUGCCCGUCCGGCCCAACGCCAAGAUCCUGGGGUGCCUCCUGCUGCACGCGCGCAACUCCGGGGAGGAGGGCGUCAGGGUGAGCGAGUGGGCGGCGGAGCGGAUCGCGGAGCUGGACCUCCGCGACGGCGCGGCGUACAGCCUGUCCAACAUGUACGCGUCCCUGCAGAGGUGGGAUCACGUCGAGAGGCACCGGAGCGAGCUGGCGAACGCGGCGGCCGUGGCGGACGGGAAGGAGCCUGGCCGGAGUACUACGGUCUAG